AUGGCUCAAGGAGAGACUUUUAAACCUGGUGAACCAUACACACAUCGUCUUAGCAAAAUUCUUGAAGAAUAUCCAGACGGGUCUCAAAUUAUUCGUGAAAUUCUUCAAAAUUCUGAUGACGCUAAAAGUAGUUCACAGGUCUUUAUACUUGACCGUCCUGCUCUUUUAGCAAAGAACGAUACAAUUUUUGAAGAGCGUGAUUUUGAUUCCUUAAAAAAAUUGGCUAAUAGCGAAAAGUAUGAUCAAUUUGAUAAGAUUGGUGUUAUGGGUGUAGGCUUUAAUAGUGUUUACCAUAUUUGUGAUACUGUCCAACUUAUUACUGGUGAUAAUUUUCUUAUCCUUGAUCCGCAUGAGAAUUAUUUUGAUGGUGGAAUAAAAAUUGACUUUGUUAAAAAUAACUUGGCUGCACUCUAUCCGGAUCAGUUUGCUCCUUUUCGCGUUCCGUGCGAUCAAAACUUUAAAGGCUCCUUAUUCCGCUAUCCCCUUCGCACUGCCCAAGAUGCAUUGGAAUCGGAAAUUUCAAAAAAAGCUUAUAGCCCAGAUCAAAUUUUGGAAAUGUUUAAAACUUUUUAUGAAAAUGAAAGCAUUAAUUGCCUUUUAUUUUUGAAAUAUAUUGAAAGUAUCGAGUUUUAUGAACUUGGUGAAAAUGAGACUGAACCAAAAUUGCUCUAUUCAAUCGAAAUCGUAAACCCCGAACGAAUUCGAGCAGAACGAAGAAAGAUCGCAGAAAGUAUUGGACCUAUGAUGAAUUCUCUUACUAAGAAAAAAAAUUCAAAAAUCACUGCCUUGGAGACCGCGUUUAUUGCUGAAUUCCGCCGAAAAAGAGGUGAUGAUGAACCUCAAGUGGAUCAAUGGAUUAUAUUUACUUGGCUUGAUGAUUUGAAUGCUGCAGAAAAUUAUUUUCAAAAUAAUUUUAAGAAAUCCAUUA